AUGCAGUGUUGUUCUUUAAAUGACAAGAGCGUCCACCUGCCGGUCACCCUGGAGGCUGGGAAAAUCAAGCUCUCCCAGAGCGAGAGACGUCCCGUCCUGCAGACGGAUUUUGGGCUCCAGGUGCGGUAUGACAGCGACUGGGCUGUGAUCGUGACUCUCGCCAGCAGCUAUUUUGGGAACACUUGCGGGCUGUGUGGGAACUUCAACGGUGACACUGACGAUGAAGGGACGCUCUCCAACGGCACCAAAGCCUCUUCCGUCCUGGCCUGGCUUGAUAGCUGGAGAGUGGAGGACUCAGACCCCUCCUGCAGGGAUUCCUGCCAGGGGAAAUGUCCGGUGUGUGAGGAGAGCAAGAGGCAGCUCUAUGGGGGGGACAGUCACUGUGGGGGGAUCAGCAAAGCGCCAGGAGGGCCCUUCAGAGAGUGUCACCCCAGAGUGAACCCCGACGAGUUCUUCCACAGCUGCGUCUACAACGUGUGUCUGAAUGAGGGCGACAAGAGCAUCCUGUGCCAGGCGCUGGAGGCCUAUGCGGACGCCUGCCGGGAGCACGGAGUCACUGUCUACGACUGGAGGACGCCCUCCGGCUGUGUCCUGCCCUGCCCUGAGAACAGCCACUACGAGGCCUGUGGGAACGCCUGCCCAGCCAGCUGCUCUGACCGAACUGCCCCCUCCUCCUGCCGGGAGCCCUGCGCAGAGACCUGCCAGUGUAACGAUGGUUACGUUCUGAGUGCCGAUCAGUGUGUCCCUGUGGAGAGCUGUGGAUGUGACUACAAUGGCCACUACUACAAACCUAAUGAGGAGUUCUGGGCUGAUGAGAACUGCCACUCUCGAUGCAGGUGUGACCCCAGCCUGGGCACGGUGGUUUGCCAGGAAACCAGCUGUAAGAGCAAUGAAAGAUGCGUCAUUGUGAAUGGUGCCCACCGCUGUAAGGCAACUACCUACUCCACCUGCAUAGGUACUGGAGACCCUCACUACACCACCUUUGAUGGGAAGAAGUAUGAUUUCAUGGGCACUUGCAUCUACCAGUUCGCGGCUCUCUGCUCCGAAGACCCCACACUCACCCCAUUCAACGUCAAAGUGGAGAACAACCACCGAGGCAGCAAGGCCGUGUCCUUCACCAAAACAGUGACCUUAGAGGUUUACAAUGUGACCAUCAGCAUGAGCCAGGAUCAUCCACGCAAGAUCCAGGUGGAUGGUGUUUUUGUGGACCUGCCCUUCUCCCACCAGCGCAAGUUCAAGGCCUACAUCAGUGGCAUUCAUGGUUUCAUCAAGACCGAUUUCGACCUGAGAGUGAGCUUUGACUGGUACAGCUACGCCAGGGUCAUCAUACCCAAUAUGUACGCCAACGCUGUCUGCGGCCUCUGUGGCAAUGCCAAUCAGGACCCCAGCGACGAUCUGACUAUGAAGAAUGGAACUCAGACAUCUGAUGAGAUUCAGUUUGCUGACAGCUGGAAGGUUGGUGACGUCCCGGGGUGCUCAGACAUCUGCACCGGGGACUGCUCAGUCUGCAGUGAGGCUCAGAAACAAACCUACGAGGGAGACCAGUAUUGUGCGGUCCUCACCCAACAGAACGGGCCAUUCAGACAGUGCCAUGGGGCCAUCAAACCAGCCCCCUUCUUUGAUGAUUGUGUCUUUGACACCUGCCAGUACAAGGGUCAUCGUGACACUCUCUGCAGUGCAAUCAGUGCCUAUGUGACAGCCUGCCAGGCCAGGGGCAUCCAGAUAGGGCAGUGGAGAUCGGCCUCAUUCUGCAGCCUCACCUGUCCCCAGAACUCUCACUACGAGUUCUGUGGGAGCAGCUGUCCUGCCACCUGCCACAGACCCUCGGCUCCGGACAGCUGCGAGGAGCCCUGUGUGGAAGGGUGUUUCUGCGACGCCGGAUUCAUCCUCAGCGGAGACCGGUGCGUCCCCAUCACGCAGUGCGGCUGUGUGCACCAGGGCAGGUACUACCAGAAGGGAGAAGAGUUCUACACCAGCGCCUCCUGCCAGGAGCGGUGCCAGUGCCAAGAGAACGGGGUCGUCGAGUGCCAGGAGGCCUCCUGUGGAGCCAAUGAGGAGUGCAAGGUGGAGAACGGAGUCCUGGGCUGCCACCCGAUGGAGUAUGGAACCUGCAUAGUCUCCGGUGACCCUCACUACAUCUCAUUUGAUGGACAGGCCUUCGACAUCCAGGGCUCUUGCGCUUACACCUUAGCCAAGGUCUGCAGCAGUGACCCCCGGCUGGUGGAAUUUUCCGUGGUGGUUGAGAACGAGAGCAUUGGUGGUGGCCGUGUGGCUCAGACGAGGGCAGUGGUGGUCUCUGUGCAUGGUUACACCAUCUCCCUGGAGAGGGGGAGGAAGUGGAAGGUGGAGGUGGACGGGGAGCUCUACACUCUCCCACUGGCUAUGGACGAUGGGAAACUUCAGAUCAACCAGGAAGGGAACAACAUCAUUGUCCAGUCUGUCUCUGGCCUCCAAGUCUUUUAUGACACUGCCUCCUACCUCCUAGUGUCCAUCCCCAGCACCUGCAAGGGACACAUGUGCGGCUUGUGCGGCAAUUUCAAUGGUGACAAAAAUGAUGACUUCCUGCUGCCCAAUGGAAAGAGCACUCAACGUCUGAACAGCACCAUACCAGUCUGA